GAACAAUUGCCGUAAUCGACGGAGAGAUCCGGGUCCAAUGACGGUCAUUGGAAAAAAGCGAGCGGACCUUGGGUUAUGAAGCUGUGAAACCUUGGCGUUUCCUUGGCAUGCGUGAGUAAGAGUUUGAUUCUGUAAAUAGCUCGUACUCGGCAGUGAACGGAUUUCAAGAUUGAGCUCCAGCAUGUUGUCAACAUCUCUUGUAAGACCGAUAGAUUCUAUCCAACCACCCAGAAAUUUUGCCGGUUCCCAUCGAUUUACAAGACAAAGAGUGAGUGGAUGUCUGCUGAAUCAUCAGUCUUGUGACCGGAAGGAUCGUCUUUUCACCGACAGGCUCCAAUCAUACUUUCCGAUGCGAUGCACUGUUCUGCUCCCUGCUGCCAUGUUCUGCAUCGAUUGAUCGGAUCGACGUGGUGCGUAGAUUUCAAAUUUAUCGACCAGUAGCAGAAUCAACGUACACUGUGGAGAAGAGUCCAAGGGGUUCCCUGUUCCCACAAGCGCCGACAAAAACGGGGAAUGGAGCCCGGAAAGUGGUCUUUGCCAGCGAGGGCGUGGAAGCCCAGUAGUGGGAAGCAUGCGCCUGAUUUUUUGGUAUCUUACUGCUUACCCGAACUUACUGUACGUAUUAUUAUUCCAAGCGCUGUCAACGAAGCUAGUGGCCAAUACCUCGAAAAUCGCGAAUGAAAAAGGGUUGUUCAGCCCUCAAGGAGUGGCCAGCCUGCGUGGUGGGGCUUCACGGCAACCUAUAUCAGAAACUACGAGACACGAUUUUCUCAGGUCCCAUCCCAGCAACCAGUUCGGAG